AUGGGGGACCGAGGCCCCUGGACGCAGUUGUGUGAUGUCUGCCCACAGGUAGCACUGCGGAUACGCCCACUCAACGACACAGAGCUGGAGGAAGGAGCCGCCGUCAUCGCCCACAAAGUAGGGGACCAGAUGGCGGUGCUCAUGGACCCCAGUGAGGACGCCGAGGACACGCUGCGCACACACCGGUCCCGGGAGAAGACCUUCAUCUUCGACGUUGUUUUCGACCAGCAUGCAUCACAGGAAGACGUGUACUGCGCCACCACCCAGCACCUAGUGGAAGGCGUCAUUUCUGGAUACAAUGCGACCGUGUUUGCCUACGGCCCCUCAGGCGCGGGGAAGACCCACACCAUGCUGGGGAUGGACGCGGAGCCGGGCAUCUACCUGCGCACCCUCACGGACCUCUUCCGGGCCAUCGAGGAGGCCCGUGACAACAUGGACUACAGCGUGUCCAUGUCGUACCUCGAGAUUUACAACGAAGUGAUCCGGGACCUCCUGAACCCGUCCUCCGGCUUUCUGGACCUGAGGGAAGAUUCCAGGGGCAGCAUCCAGAUUGCAGGCAUCACAGAGGUGUCCACCUCCAACGCCCAGGAGAUCAUGCAGCUCCUCACCAGAGGCAACCGGCAGCGCACCCAGGAGCCCACGGCCACCAACAAGACGUCGUCACGCUCCCACGCCGUGCUGCAGGUCACCGUGCGCCAGCAGCGUCGCGGCUCGGACUUGGCGGAGGAAGUGCGCGUCGGGAGGCUGUUCAUGGUGGACCUGGCCGGCUCGGAGCGCGCGUCCCAGGCCCAGAACCGCGGCAAGAGGAUGCAGGAGGGCGCACACAUCAACCGCUCCCUGCUGGCCCUGGGCAACUGCAUCAACGCGCUCAGCGAGAAGGGCGGCGGCCGGGCACAGUAUGUGAACUUCCGGGACAGCAAACUCACGCGCCUGCUGAAGGAUGCCCUAGGAGGGAACAGCCGGACGGUGAUGGUCGCCCACAUCAGCCCAGCCAGCACGCACUUCGAGGAGUCACGGACCACCCUGCUGUACGCCUACAGAGCCAAGAACAUCAAGACCAGGGUCAAGCGCAACCUGCUGAGCGUGUCCUACCACAUUGCCCAGUACACGGACGUCAUCUCCGACCUGCGUGGGAAGAUCGAGCGCCUUAAGUCCAAAAUCGAGAGGCAGGAGCAGGAGAAGAAAAGAGAGCCCGGCGUCCGGGACGCACGAGGCACGAUGCCCACCCAGGAGACAGAAGAGGACAGCCACCUGCAGAUGGACAGGAUCCGGGCCCAGCUGGUCGGGGCCUUCAAGGAGCAGCUGGAGAUGAGGCGCAGCCUGGUGGAGCUGGAGAAUGCCAACGUGGAGCUGCAUAUCGACGCGUCUCGCCACCUGCUGGCCAUCGCAGAUUGGGAGCGGGAGAAGACCCAGCACCAUACCCAGGACAGGACACCCGAGGGGGACGAGGAGCAGAUGGUGGCCGACACAGACAUGGACGCGAGCAAGUCCACAGAGCCGCACGAGGUGGCCCUGGCCAGAGAGGAGGUCAACAUGCUGUUAGCCGAGCAGCGGAAAACCGUGGCCCUCAAGGUGGGGAGAGCGAUGACUGUCACUGGCGCUUACCGAUCACUGCUGGGGCCCUGGGCCAUCUCACAACAGCCCACGCCACAGGCAGAGCUGGAGCAGCGCCUGGCCUGCGCCAAGAAGAAGGCCUCGCAGCUGGAGGAGCUGCUGCCCGCGCAGGCCAUCAGCGAGGACCAGAGGGAGGUGCUGCGGCUGCUGUGCAGGGUGCACGAGCUGGAGGUGGAGAACACCGAGCUGCAGGCCAGCAGCCUGCGCAGGAAGAACCUGCUGUGCCAGAAGGACUUCGUCAUCCAGGGCUUCCACCAGCACCGGCUGCUGGGCGAGCGCAUCAUCCGGGGCCAGCGGCAGCUGAUUCAGGACAGCGGCAUCCGGGUGCCCGCCCCGCUGGACGAGUGCUACGGCCUGUACUCGCGCGAGCUGGGCGGCGGCUCGCCGGGCCGCGGGGUCCAGACAGAGGUCGGCCUCUGCCACCGCCGGGACUUCGCCUCCUCGCCCGUGGCUGCCCUGCUCGCGGCGUCGCUGCUGGGCGUUCCUCCUCGGUCCUUUCACGUGUGUCUGCCCUGA